GCGCCGGAUCCGUAUGCUCCAGUUCGUCCAGAUGGCGGUCAGCACACUCAUGCUGCUGCUGCCUUUCACGGGCGCACUGGGCGGCAUAGGCGGAGAUGAGCAUAGCACGCCUUUCGAGCGUGUUCUUGGGAUUCUCAGGGCAGUCCUUGGAUGUGGUUCUAAAGUGGCCAAGUUGACCACAUUUACAUGUCCGAGGUGCUUGGAGGGUCCUGGAGCAGGGGCAGGCUCCGGAUCCGCAUGCUCCAGUUCAUCCAGCUGGCAAUCAGCACGCUCAUGCCCCUGCUGCCUUUCAUUGGCGCACUGGGUGGCAUAACCAGAAAUUAGCGCAACACGCCUUUCGAGCGUGUUCUUGGGGUUCUCAGGGCAGUCCUUGGAUGUGGUUCUAAAGUGGCCGAUUUGGCCGCAUAUGCAUGUUCGAGGUGCUUGGAGAGGUCCUGGAGCAGGGGCAGACGCUGGAUCCGCAUACGCCGGUUCGUCC